UUCCUCGGAAGAAACAAGUCUCAGUCGAGAAGAAAUCAUGUACGUCCUGCAGCUACGAGUAGUUUAAUGUUGUAACUUAUAUAUUUUUUCUACCUGGGAUCCAAGACAAAGGAAAUGGAUGCACCAACGAGAGUUUUAUGCGAGUCAUUGUUUUGGGAUUGGGAUUCCUUUUGGAACACAUCUACGCCUCGAGUGACGAAUUGCUUCAGACAUCUGGUACUGAUCCUCUUGCCAUGUCUUUUCCUUUGGUUGGCAUGUUUUUUCAAGAUAAUUUGGAACAGGGGAAGAGAAGCCACAAAGUCUGCUCCAAGUCCCUGGACAGUUCUUGCUGUCUGCAAACUAGCUCUAAGCUGCGUUCUGAUUUUAAGUACCGCGGCCGAAGGCAUACUUUUACUUUCAAGCAAAUCUUUGCUCAUACGUCCUGUUCCCAGGGUCAACUACAUUUCUGUUUCUGUUCGCCUUGGAACGUUCGUUUUGGCAUUAUUUCUUCAGUUGCAGCAACGACGUCAAGGCAAGCUAAAUUCUUAUAUCUUGGCCACUUUCUGGAGUUUGUAUGCCAUCUGUGAUGCUUUAGGAUCACCUUUGCUUUAUGUAGUAAUGCAGAUGGAUCUGGGUGAAUGGGUGGAUCCAAACCUAUUCAUUUUAGAAACCAUUUCGUAUAGUAUGAUUCUGGCAGAAGCUGUACUGUCAUUCUUCACCGAUCCCCACUACAGUUAUUUCUGGGAUCCAAAGAUAGAUGACUAUGUUAUAGAACAUCAGCCUAUAUUUUCUCGACUACUAUUUUGGUGGAUAAACAGGACUGUUUGUUAUGGAUAUCGAAACACUCUUGACGUUAAGGACCUAGACCUCCUGGAUCCAAAAAUGAGAACUGCAAACAUGCACAAACGUUUCCAUGCGUCUUGGAUAACAGAAGACGCUAAAGCUAAAACUAGUCUAAAUAGUUCACAACCAUCGAAAGUUCUUACUGCUUGCCGAAGAGGUCCGUCUCUUCUCAAAGCUAUCACAAAAGCUCUUUGGCCAUGGUUGCUGGCAGCUGGAAUUCUGGAACUGGCAUUCGAUUUUGUAUCUCUGAUGCCUCCUAUCAUACUAGAUUGGCUACUCUCUUUCAUGGAUAAUAAUGAACCUUCAUGGCAUGGAUAUGUGUAUGCUAUUCUUCUGUUCGUAACAGCUGCCCUUUCCACUCUGCUCAUAUUGCACAAUCAAAAUUUUUUGAUCUAUGCUUCAAUUAUACCUCGUUCGGGGCUCGGUGCUGCCAUCUAUCGGAAAGUUUUGCGCUUGACCAACGGUUCGAGGAGGAAUUACAGUUUGGGAGAACUCUGCAACCUGGUUUCUGUGGAUAUUCAACGGAUAGUAGAGCUUGUAUGGUCUGUGAAUUCAGUGUGGAGUUGUCCUUUGAGAAUGGCUCUCAUCAUAACUCUUCUCUGGCAAUACCUGGGCAUCGCUUGUUUAGCAGGUAUUUCUGUCAUGCUGCUUAUUAUGCCUAUAACGGGAAAGUUGGCCUCGAUAACACACAAACUUCAGAAAGCACAGAUGCAAUGCAAAGACUUAAGACUGAGACAAAUGAAUGAAAUUCUCAAUGGAAUUAAGGUAUUAAAAUUAUAUGCCUGGGAAUAUCCGUUCAUGGAGGAAAUAGGAGUUAUCAGAAAAGGAGAAGCUGUGCUUAUCAAAAAACUGGCUUUCGUCAAUGGUUGCGUCUUGUUUCUUUGGCUUUCUGCUCCAUUUCUGAUCGCCAUCAGCAGUUUCGUAGCUUUCGUUUUGAUAGACGAAAAGAACAGACUUGAUCCUAGCAUAGCUUUUGUAUCCUUGACACUCUUCAACAAACUCCGCAGUACUACCUCUACCAUACCACAAGUCGUCGCAGAGCUAAUCCAGAGUCGCAUAGCUUUUAGAAGAAUCACAAGUUACCUUCUCGCUCAAGAAUUCAAACAAGACGUCGUAGUGGGAGACACUGCUGUGGGAAAUUCCGUAGAGAUCGACGGCAGUUUCAGCUGGGCCAAUGAAGAGCCUCCUUUCCUGUGUGACGUCACUCUCUCCGUAGGCCGUGGAAGUCUGACUGCUGUGGUGGGGCGCGUAGGUUCCGGCAAAAGCGCCCUCUUUUCCGUUAUACUUGGAGAGAUGCAUUCCACUGGCGGAGCAGUAAGAAUAAGAAAGGGAAAUCGCUUGGCGUAUGUGCCCCAGCAGGCCUGGAUACAAAACAGUACAGUGCGCCAGAAUAUACUUUUUGUGCGACAGAUGGAGAAGAAGCGAUACAAUGAUGCACUCGACAGGUGUUGCCUUAGACCCGACCACAAGGAUUUACCUGGAGGAGAUCUCACUGAAAUUGGGGAAAAGGGUGUCAAUCUGAGCGGUGGCCAAAAGCAAAGAGUCAGCCUGGCUCGAGCUAUAUACCAGGAUGCAGAUAUUUAUUUGCUAGAUGAUCCUCUGAGCGCAGUAGAUGCACAUGUGGGAGCUAAAAUUUUUAAAAAUGUCUUGGGACCACAAGGAAUACUGAAAAACAAAACUCGCAUUCUCGUUACUCACGAUUUGUCCAUAUUACACGAAGCAGACGCCAUCAUCCUUAUGUCCGAUGGUAAAGUAGUAGAAUCUGGAACUUACAAGGAUCUACUCGAACAAAAAGGCGAAUUCGCACGUCUGAUUGAGGAGCAUUGUAGAGAACAGAUGGAUAGUGAUUCAGAUAAUGAUAAAGACCGCAAGAACAGCCCUUGCGAUGUUCUUGAAUCAGAAAGUUCUGAUCCCACAAAACUGACUGCAGAAGAGCUAAAGAAACAGAUGAAAAAAGCCGGUCGUCGCCUUUCCAGAACACUUUCUCGGAGCUUAUCUGUUGAAGAACGUAAAUCUAAACAAGUUCGAUUCAUCGAACGCGAGAAGAUCGAAGUCGGAAGAGUGAAAGCUGGUGUAUUUUGGUCUUACUUCCGUAAAGCUACAUUGCCACUCAUUUUUCUGGUAGUAUUCGGUUUCAGCCUGUUUCAAGGCUUUGAAAUCGGUUCGAAUGUCUGGCUGAGCUUAUGGAGCAACGACCAACUACUUGCCGAUGGAUCACAGGACACACAACUGAGAAAUUUAAGAAUAGGAGUGUAUGGAGCUUUAGGAUUAGCAGGAGGUUUAUGCAUUUUAUUGGCGACUUUCGUGUUGGCAGCUGCAGCUACGAAAGCAUCCAUUCGUCUGCAUCAGGAUAUGUUGUGGAGCAUUAUGCGUUCUCCUAUGUUCUUCUUCGACACCACACCUUUGGGCAGGAUUUUAAACAGAUUUGGAAAAGAUAUCAACACAGUCGACACCAGUAUUCCCGCCAAAUUCAACAGCUCCAUAACUGUGAUUCUCGCAAUCAUUGGUUCACUGGUUGUGAUUUCCGCUAAUUUUCCUCUCUUUCUUCUUAGCAUGGUACCUUUGACUAUCGUAUAUAUUUUCAUUCAGUUUUUCUACAUGGCUACUUCACGGCAGCUUCGUAGACUCCAAGCUACGACACUUUCUCCAGUGCUGAGUUGUUUUUCAGAAACUGCUCAAGGGACUAGCACAAUCAAAGCUUUUGGGGCCCAGUUCCAUUACAUCGAUAAGCAGGAAAGACUGAUCGAUGAUAACUGCAGAGUUUUUCUAAAUUAUACAUUCGUUAAUAGAUGGCUCGCAAUUCGAUUGCAAUUCCUCGGAGCUGCUAUUGUUUUCAUUGUAGCUUUGUUGUCGGUUCUGGAGAGAAAUGUUUUAGCUGCAGCUGUUGUAGGCCUGAUGCUGUCGUAUGCACUAAAUGUAACAGACAAUUUAACCCAGAUGGUUAGAAUACUAACUCAACUCGAGAACUGCAUGGUGUCGGUGGAAAGGAUCAACGAAUAUUCCGAACUUCCUCCAGAGGCAUCUUGGAAAACAGACUCCUGUUUGCUAUCUUUAGAUGAGUGGCCAAGACACGGAGCUGUUUCUUUCCGAGAAUACAAAAUGAGAUAUAGACCAGGAACGGAUCUAGUCCUGAAAGGAAUCACUGCAGAAAUUACUCCUGGUGAGAAAGUAGGAGUAGUGGGACGAACAGGAGUUGGAAAGAGCUCUUUGGCACUUGCUUUAUUGCGCAUCGUAGAAGCAGAUUCUGGACGUAUCCUCAUCGACGGAAUCGAUAUUGGAAUGCUUGGGUUGCACGAUCUACGAUCGAAGAUUACAGUAAUACCACAGGAACCUGUUGUGUUCAGUGGCAGCUUAAGAAUGAACCUGGAUCCAUUGCAGCAGCAUACAGAUAAGGAUUUGUGGACUGCACUUGAACAUGCGCAUCUGAAAAAUUUUGUGAAGGCACUGCAUAAUGGACUUGGGUAUCAAGUGUCUGAGAGAGGUGAAAAUUUGAGUGUUGGUCAGAGGCAGCAAAUAUGCUUGGCCCGAGCCUUGCUGAAGAAAACGAAGAUUCUUGUUCUGGACGAAGCAACAGCUUCGGUAGACCUCGAAACAGAUAAACUCAUCCAGGCCACUAUACGCAAAGAAUUCCGGAAUAGUACUGUCAUCACAAUAGCACAUAGAUUGCAUACUGUUCUGGAUUAUGACAGGAUUCUAGUAAUGGAUGAUGGAAGAAUAGUGGAAGAUGGAGAUCCGGACAAACUUUUACAAAAACAGGAUUCUCUAUUUUAUGAACUAGGCAAAGCAGCCGGUUUACUGUGAUUUAUUAUUAAAUAUUGCAUUGCAUCAUCUAGAGGAGAAAAGUGAGACUUAUGAUAGUAUGCAACCAUAUCUCAUAAAAUAUUAUCAUCAAAGAAACGCAGCUCCUGUAGGUAAUAUAACACGUUGCACAACAAUUCAAAGGUGUCGUCAAAUAAAAUUUAUCAUUUUUAUGUAUUA